AAUACUAGUUAUCCAGUAUUGUGCACCCGAGUGCCCGUUAUCAACGAUAUUAUUGUAUUCGAUUUAUAAUAAUGGAAAGCAGUCGACGCGUCGAGAAAUCAACGAAAAAUUCAAAGUGAGCAAAUAUAUCCGUCAGUAAUUAAUACUUCAGGCAAACAUGAAAGUACCUAUAACACGUUAUAUACUAUAUAUAAAUAUGUAUAUUUAGUACCGACACGACAACUCUCCGCCGACCGAAACUUUAAUGUGGAAUAUCCCGUCAACGGAUUGACACGGAAAUCGAAAACGUAAACGCCGAAAUUUAUUUCGACCAAUACUCAAUCCGUUUAUGCGAUUUUUAUUAUAGGUUGCUGUUUGAAAAUCAAAACUACAGGUACCUGUCCGGUAAACGUACAUAGUAUACGUCAUGUCUGUAUGUAUAUAUACGUCUAUAACGUCCACGAUCACUUGUACACUGAUUAUGGACCAAUUAUUAUUUAGAAUGUCCGUCUUCAUUUGCAAUUUUCCCAUCUUUCACUAGACGUAGAGUUGGUAAAUAUUUGUUGACACGCGUAGACGUAUCUUAGAUAUCCCUUGUUGGACAAUUUUAUGCACUCGUUUGAAUGCAUUUGUAUGCAAGUAAAUUUAUUCUCUACGUCUUUUAUUAUUAGUUCCGUAUCAACGGUAUAUAUAUAUAUAUAUAUACUUGCCAACUCUGUAUACUGUAAAGGCGUUUUUCAACCUGCGGUACGUGAAAAGCUCUCAGGUGGUACCCUAAGAAAAGCUCCCUUCGUAAAAAAAAUUAAAAUGGAACAUAUAAUUAUUCACAUUAAAUAUUAUUUGGUUUAUUUGAUAUUAUUUAUAAGUAAUACAUAUUGUACAUGUCUCAUUUUUUUUGUAUGCAUUAAAUGCUUAUAAAAUAUGUUCAAAACUUUACUAAAAUGUGUAGGUAUUGUUUUAAAUAGUAUGUUUACUUAUUUUUUUUAUGUGUAAUGUAUUUUUUAAUUUUUUUUUUAUUGUUCAAUAUGUAACCAAAAACAAUACUACACAUAAUAUGCAGUAUUUUUUAGGGCACAUGCUUUUUGAAGGAUUAUUUUAUAUUCACCUAUUGUAGUAGAUUUAUUAAAACAUUAAUUAAUGUCUAUGUGUAGCAUUUAUCAUAUACCAUAUAGUAGAUCAAAUUCAACUCUUUUAUAACAUCUACACAUAGACAUGUUAUAAAAGAGUUGAAUUUGGUCUACUAUAUAAUAUAUGAUAGAUGCUUCAAUUGGAUCUUCAAAUAGACUAAAAAAGGGGUGCAUAUAGACUAACUUUAGAUUUAUCAUAGACAUUUACAUUUACAUCACAUGUACGUCUUGCGUUUAUGAUGGAUUGGUAUAUUAAACGUUUAAUAUAAAUUGCAGUAUUUACAAGGUAGUUGUUUCCAGUUUUGUAAAGUAUUCGAAAAAAAAUAUUUUAAUAAUUUUUUUGUAAUUGAAUAGGUACAUAUUUUGAAUAUUUGAAAUUCGGAAAAAAAAUGUUUGUGUUUAUAAAUUAUAAUCCUGGUUAUCGGUUAUUAAAAACAUAAAAUAUAAUAUUAGCACGAAAAACCUGAUAAAUGGUGAUGCCAUUUGACACCAGGCAUGAAUUAUAAUAAAAAUCAAUUUGUUGAUGUAUUAAAUAAUUUUUUUCUGAUUGGUCUAAAAAGCAAAUAUCAAAAAUUCUGCAGAAAAUUAAAUUUUUUAAUUAUAUUUCUAAAAGCCCAACAAAGAAUUUAACUUCUUUGGAUGAUAUUCCUUACAUAAAAAAUAGAACGUAUAUUUAAUAUGGGGAGUGGAGUUAUAACCAAAAAAUGAGGAAAAAUGUUUGAUACAAAUUUUGAAAAAGUAAUGAUGAUUAAAUGUAACAAAAUGUAAAUAUAUUUCAUGUUACUUUAUCAGUGUAUAAUUAUUAUUUGAAAUAUAAUAAAAAAAAGUAAUAAUAAAUUAAUGUAUCUAUAAUUUAAAAAUGUAAACAAAAUUAAAAAAUAGUAUUUGAAUACAUAUUCAUAUUACAAAAUAAAAGUAUUCUUUACAAGACCGAUCGUUUCCACUCAAAAAUUAGGGUGACAAAAAAUAUAUAUUAUGUAAAUAUAAAAUUGUAGAGCUGCUUGUUUCUUGUCUUUAUAAAUCAGAUUCUGAAAAAAGUUAAUAUUUUCCGAGAUAAUGAGUAUAAUGAUAAAAUAAUCAUCUGGUAGGUAUACAAUAUAAAUGUAAUAUACUGUAUAUAUUGUGUGUAUAUAUAUUAUGUAUACAUAGUACCUAUAUACAAAUUCUUUUACAAUAUAUAAUUAGUACCGACAUAAAAAAUUUUAUUGUAUGAACCUGUAAUAUAUUUGUAUGGUAAUAAUUAAUUAUUAUGAUUCUAAAAAUUUUCAGAUGUAUGAGUACUUCUAAAGAAGAGAUAAAACAACCGAUUUCCCAAACAAUUGAAAUAAAAGAAGAAUUUGAUGUUUUAAAUGAUUGUGAAUUUCAAAGUAUUAUUACAAUUGAAAAUGAUCCCAUGGAAUUAAUUUUAUAUAAGAAACCAAAACUUAGAAGAAAAAAAUAUACAUGCUACAAUUGUGAUACCUCAUUUUCUUCAAAAUCGAAGUUAAAAUGCCAUAUGAUAGUACACACUGGAAUAAACAUUGACAAUGAAAAUUGCCCUCUACAGUGAGUAUCUUUACAUUUUUUUUCACAGCUUCUAUUUAAAUAAUUAAAAUAGGAAUAAUAAAAAUUGACACAAUUUUUUUGUCUAUAUACAUAAUUUAAAGUUACUUAUAUUUCUACAAAAUAAGAGCAAACAUGCAUAUUUUAUAGUGUAUAUUAAUCUGGGCCCUAGUCAUCAUUCAAAUUCAUGCAUUUUUUCCAGCAAUAGGUUAUGUUCCUCCUAUGCAGAUUGGUGAUGCUACUGAUGUUUAUCGCAUGAAGUGUAAUGAUGUAAUCCAUUUCAUUUAACGCAGCAAAAUUGUAGUUUAUAAGAUUUAUAUAUGUUUCCAUAUCUUUGGUAGUUUGUGCAUUGUGGGAGGGGGGGUCCUGGGAUUUAUGUCUUGGCUCUAUGUUUAUUAUGCAAUUUAGUAGUUUGUUUAGUUUAAAUAUUCAUUGUGCUCUGGGAUUAUUUGUCAGUUGUAUUGUGGGUGCUAUAUAUUUAUUUGUUAGUUUUAUAACAGAUUUUGCAGGAAAUUUUAGGUUAUUUAGCUCUUAUGUGACUUUAGAUUUAGUGAUAGAAAAGUAUUUUUCAUCUUUUAAUCAAUCAGUGUAAUUUUUAUAUUUUGGUGAGUGAACAGAAGUAAUCUAUUAAUUGUGCAUUGAUUUUCAUAGUUUGAAUAACUUCAGAUAUCUUUUGUCAGAAUUGUGUAAAUUCAGAUAUAUUUAUUACAAUACUGUAGAUAUUUUUGGAUAUUAUCAGUUGUUUGUAAUUGUGUUAUGAGAUUGGUUUUAUAUUUUGAACAUCCUUCGACAUAUUGAUUGUAUUUAAGGUUGUUUAUAUUUGAUCCAUUUCUAUUAUUUCUGAUGGAGAAUAGCGAUUGAGUGUGAUGGAAAAUAUUUUUGUUUUGUUGUUUGGAGAAUCAUGCGCUUUGCUAGAUAUUCACAGUGACCUAACCACAUUUUUGGAGUUGGGUAACGGGAGACUUGGGAGACAGACGGUUCAAAUCACUAUUUUUAUGAUGAAUAAAGAGACUUUAAGAUUCUUUUGAUUUUUUGACUGAGUUGUUGUAUUUAUGUUUGUGUUUUAAAUACUCAAGUUUGGAUUCAUUUCAAACUUAAACAUAUUAUCUUAGAUAUACAUAACACAUCAAAGUAUUAAAAAACUCAGUAUCAUGCAUUCAUGAUCUCAACAAUCUUAACAAAAAUUUAAUUUCUCAUGAACAAUGUGAUAAACAUUAGUGUUUUGGGAGGUCAAGUUGUAUAUCCAGUUUCUGAACUUUUAGUUAUCUAAUUUGACUUACACUUUUUGAAACAUCUCCAAUAAUUUCUCGAAAAUAAUUAAAUUUUGUGCACCAAACCAAUCCAAUUUUUUGAGACAUUAUAAUAUGUGGACUAUACAGAUUAAACAAUGAUUCAUGAAUUUCAGUGGAAGAAAAAUUUGAAAAUUAAAAAAAUAAUUAAUGAUGAAGGAUUUUUCUUUUGUGUAACUUAAUAUUGGUUUUUAAUUUUAUUAUCACAUAGCUGGUAAAACACUAAAUUAUAAUAUUUAUAACACAUAGACUACAAAAUUUACUAACAAACUUACUCAUUUUAGAAUUAUUGAUUCUCAUUAUGUUGUCUGAUAUAAUAAGUAUUUAAUAUAAAUUAUGAUUUUAAACAUUUUCAGAUUUUGGAGUACCUCUGAUGGAGAAAUUAAAGAACCAAUUAUACAAACAAAAGAAAUAAAAACAGAAACUGAUUUGAUAAGCAAUUUUUUGCAAUUGCCCCAUGUAAAUCAGCACAAGUUAAUUCACACUGGAGAGAAACCAUUUGAAUGUAAAUUAUGUCAAAAAUCAUUUAGACUAGAAUCAACUUUGGUGACACACACAAGGAUUCAUAUUGGUGAGAAACCAUUUAAAUGCGAUGUUUGUGAAUUAUCAUUUACUCAGUCCUCUCAAUUAAAGUCGCACAAGUUAAUUCACACUGGAGAGAAACCAUUCAAAUGUAAAGUAUGUCAAAAAUCAUUUGGUCUGAAAUCAAAUUUGAGAGUUCACACAAGAGUUCAUACUGGUGAAAAGCCAUUUAAAUGUGAUGUUUGUGAAAUAUCAUUUACUCAGUUGUCUCAAUUAAAGUCACACAAGUUAAUUCACACUGGAGAGAAACCAUUUGAAUGUAAAUUAUGUCAAAAAUCAUUUAGACUAAAAUCAACUUUGGUGACACACACAAGGAUUCAUACUGGUGAGAAACCAUUUAAAUGUAAAGUAUGUCAAAAAUCAUUUAGACUGAAAUCAAUUUUGAAAGCACACACAAGGGUUCAUACUGGUGAGAAACCAUUUAAAUGUAAUGUUUGUGAAUUAUUAUUUACUCAGUCCUAUCAAUUAAAGCUGCACAAGUUAAUUCACACUGAAGAGAAACCAUUUAAAUGUAAAGUAUGUCAAAAAUCAUUUAGACUGAAAUCAACUUUUAGAGUACACAUUAGGGUUCAUACUGGUGAGAACCCAUUUAAAUGUGAUAUUUGUAAAAUAUCAUUUAAUUAUUUGACUAGUUUAAAGCAGCACAAGUUAAUUCACACUGGAGAGAAACCAUUUGAAUGUAAAGUAUGUCAAAAAUCAUUUAGACUGAAAUCAAAUUUGAGAGUUCACACAAGAGUUCAUACUGGUGAGAAGCCAUUUAAAUGUGAUAUUUGUGAAUUAUCAUUUACUCAGUUGUCUAAAUCAAAACUGCAUAAGUUAAUUCACACUGGAGAGAAACCAUUUAAAUGUAAAGUAUGUCAAAAAUCAUUUAGAUUGAAAUCAAAUUUGAGAGUUCACACAAGAGUUCAUACUGGUGAAAAGCCAUUUAAAUGUGAUGUUUGUGGAAUAUUAUUUAAAUAUUUGACUAGUUUAAAGCAGCACAAGUUAAUUCACACUGGAGAGAAACCAUUUAAAUAUAAAUUAUGUUAAUAAAACUUUGUUGCUUGUACAUAUAAGACAAUACAUACUGUAAAUAAAGCUGUGUGUUUAUUGCCAAGUUUUCUGUUCAAAUUAUUGAUUAUGCAUGUUACGCUGGAAAGAUAGUAUAUCAUAUAAUCCAUAAAGAUGUAUACUAAAGGAUAUAAUAAUAUAAGUGUUUACUAAAUAUACUAGACAUAGGACUAGACAUUUAUAUGAAUUUGUUCGAAAUUUAUUGCAAUUUGUUCGACACUAGUAUCCGAGUAAUAUCGAAAAUACUGAAGGGAG